UCCCUAAAUCAAUCGACAGUGCUUGGACCAUCGCCCGUGGUUCGACAACCCACGCGAGUACUUGGAGUGCAUAGUCUUGGGAAGCGUAACUUGGUCGCACAUACAGUAGCAAGAAGGGUCGGCCUGUUGUCUAUUUGCUUGUCAAGGCCUUGCUCAACGCCCAUUCACUGAUUGGAUUGCUUACACACAUCAUGGCGGAAACUACAAUCGUUCCUUUCACGGCUCUGCCGUCGUGUGCGACUUCAUGCGGCCCUCUGUUUGAUGCCAACGGUGCUUGCGUGCCACCAGCCGCAGCGACCGCCGACGUGGGCACCUAUGAUUCAUGCUUUUGCGCAUACGGCGCCCUUGCGCCCUUCAGCUCAACAACCGCAGGUGUCUGUGAUGCUGCGUGUACAGGCGACGGUUUAGCAUCUAUCCAAGGCUGGUUCACCAGUUUCUGUGCCGAUGGAGCCGCGACAGCAACCACUAGCUCGGCAUCGUCCAGCAGUGGCAGCUCCAGCGGCAACUCCAACAGUUCUGGAGGCGGUGACUGGCUAUCCACGCACUGGAGGUGGGUUAUAAUGAUCGUCAUCGUCGUUGUAGGAAUCGCCGGUAUCUGGAUUGGCGCAUGCAUCUGGCGCCGCAAGUACUUGAAGAAGAAGGAUCGUAUGUACGAACUCGGCAAGGGCUUACCGAGUACUGUUGCUGUCGAUGCUCAAGGAAAGCUCGUUGGCCCCGGAGCCCCCAAAGCAGGUGAUGAGCCUGGUCUUUUCAUGUCUGGUUCUGGUAGUGCUGUAAACGCCGAAAAACCAAACAAGGGGAGGAAGAAGUGGAACGUGACCGAGCGAACUUAAUCUCGCCCUGCCCUGCCAAUAUUUCCAAGCGAACAUCGACACGUUUGUUUUUUUGUUUGUUUUUACACGACAUACGCACCGAUCGAGACCAAGUGCGAUCGCCUCUUGUUUUUGUUUUCUUCCUUAUUGGCAUAUAGACAACCUACGAGUACAACAUCAGGGCGAGUUACGCAUCAACAUUACGGCGUUACGGGUUCGGGGGCAGCCUUUUAUUUUUAUUUUGUUAAUGCUGUAACAAUGGUUUACU